AUGUAUGAAACAAUUCGACCAAAAGUCUUACAUACAGCUGUUAAAUAUCUUGUUCAACAAGAACUCUAUAAAGAUGAAGGUAUUGUUAUAUCUAAUGACUGGAUUAAAGAGUAUCCCAAUGAAAAAGAAAAUUUCAUAGUCAAAAACGAAGAUAAAAAGUUUAAUGAAACUGAAAAUACGGGAGAAGACUCUGAUCAUGAUGAUAAUUGGAAUGGAAGUGACGAUAAACCAAUUAAUCCAGUAGUUACUGGAACGUUGUUGAAUGAUGAGACCGAGGAUCAAAAUGAUAUUGCUAUUAAAUUUGCUCCAGGAGAGAAUAACAGACCGAUAUCUGUUCUAAUGGAUUUGAAAGUCGAUGAGCUAACAUUUCCAAAAAUCUAUUGUGGAAAACAACGAAAAAUUAAAGAAAAUGUCAAACUAACGUACGCUAAAAUUGCUAAAUCAGAAUUAAGAAUGUUUGAUAGAAGAUGUGGUAGAGUAUUAAAACUCUUUUUCACAUAUAAGAAACUACAAACGAGAAAAUUCGUUGAUGCUAUUUCAAUAAAUUUGCGAAAAACAAAAAAUACGAAAAACGUAACUGUUACACAAAUGCUUAAUCGAGAUUAUGUAAAUGGAUUAAUACAUAAUGAUGAUGCUUUUACAUUCUUGAGAUUUGAUCGAUCUUCACCAGCAUUCUGGGAACUAAAAAAGAAAGAACUUAUGGCCAUGAAUAGGCAAUUAGAAUGUGCAACAAUAUUUUUAACAUUAUCAGCAGCUGAAACACAGUGGUCAGAACUUCUUGUCAUAUUGACUAAAGUGUUAGAAAAUAAAGUAAUAACAUUAGAAGAAGCACAAAAUUUGAGCUAUGAGAAGAGAUGCGAAUCGAUAAGACAAGAUCCGGUAACAUGUGUUCGCUAUUUUGAACAUAAAUUAAAAUGUUUAUGGGAAAUAUUAUCAGCUCCUUGUGGUCCAUUUCAAGGAUAUGAAUUAGUAGACAAAUAUGUCAGAACUGAAUUUCAAGCUCGUGGUUCACCACAUGUUCAUGCUUUAUUAUGGUUAAAGAAUGCUCCAAAAUAUGACAAAAAUAAUCCUGAAUCAAUUGAAAGAUGUGUAGAAUUUAUUGAUAAAUUGAUUUCGGUUAGCUCUCAGCCAACGGAGUGUUCUAAAGAACUUAUCAGUUUACAACGUCAUAAGCACUCACAUACUUGUAAACAACAUGUAAACGGUUGUAUAAUAAGUCGUUUUGGUAUUCCAUAUUUUCCGAUGAGUAAAACGAUGAUAUUAGAACCAUUUAGUGAUGAUGAAAAGCUCUCUAAAAAAGAACGUGAAGAGAUAAGUAAGAGUAGACAGAAUGUAAAAGAAGAACUCGAUAAAAUAUCAAAAGAUAAAGAUACUUCAUUAACUUUUGAAGACUUUUUGAAAAAAAUUAAUAUGAAUGAAGAACAGUAUAUUAAAAUGAUUCGAGCUGGAUUGAAAAAGGCGAAAGUAUUCUUAAAACGUGCUCCAAAUGAGACCCAAAUCAAUGCAUACAAUCCAAUGAUAAUGUCAUUGCACAGAGCAAAUAUGGACAUUCAAUAUAUUCUUGAUCCUUAUGCAUGCUUAAAGUACUGUGUUGAAUACAUCAACAAAUCUGAAAAUGGAAUGUCCAAGCUUCUAAGGGAAGCAUUGAACGAGCUAAAAAAAGGCAAUCAUACAGUCAAAGAGUGUCUUAGAGUUAUUGCAAAUAAGUUUUUGAAUUCAAGUGAAAUUUCAGCACAAGAAGCUGUUUACCAUAUUUUAAGUAUUCCACUUUCCGUCAGUAGCAGAAGUACUGUAUUUAUUAAUACAAAUAGACCCGAAUAUAGAAUUUCUAUGCUCAAAUCAGAUGAAAUUCUUCAGAAACUGAAGCCUGAUUCAAAAGAUGUUUUUGUUGAAGGUUUAAUUGACAUGUACAUUAAUAGACAAGACGAAAUGAAAGAUGUUUGUUUGGCUGAUUUUGCUUCCUUAUAUAAUGUAUCAAAGAGAAAAACAGAUAAUGCUUCUAUUACGGAGAAUUCUGAUGAUGAAGAUGUUACUGAAAAUGAAAAUGAUGAAAAAGCUACUGCUUUCCGAAUGAAAAAUGGAAAAGGUUGGAUCAAAAAAAGAACAAAGAAAAAAAUAAUAAGAUACAGAUAUUUUAAGCUACACCAAGAUCCUGAAAACUACUACAGAGAGCAGUUGAUGCUUUUUCUACCAUGGAGUAAUGAAGAAGAAGAAGACCUUCUUUCUAUAAACCAUGAAGAGACAUUUGAAUUACAUAAAGAUUUAAUUCAACAGAAAAGAUCUGAAUAUGUUCACCGUGAAGCCAGUGAAUUUGAAAAAGCUUUUGAGGAGCAUAUGGAAAGAGAAAAUGAGAGCGAUAUUGAUGAUACAAAUAUUGAAUAUGAUCAAGAGAAGAAUGAAUUCCUCAUUUAUGAAAUAGGAAACAAUGAAGGUGAUAUCUUUGUUGAAAUGGGACUAAAGACCCAAACUGAAAAAGUUGAGAAUUUUAAUGUUCCAAAGUAA